GCGGAAGUGGCCAUGCAGCUGACUCGGUGCUAUACGGCGCGUCGCUGUAGGCAGCGUGCCCGCUUCCAAGAUGGCAGCGAGGGUGUCUGGCGCGCUCGGCCGGGCGGGGUGGAGGCUUCUGCAGCUGCGGUGCCUCCCCGUGUCCCGCUGCCGACCAGCCCUGGUGCCACGUGCCUUCCACGCUUCAGCUACACAGCUGAGGUCUUCAGAUCAGCAGGAGCAGCAACCUCCCCCCUCUUUUUCUCAGCAACAUUCUGAGACACAGGGCACAGAAGAACCCAGUCAGGAGUCUUCUCGUUCACCCCCCAGGUACACAGACCAGGGUGGUGAGGAGGAGGAGGACUACGAGAGUGAGGAGCAGCUGCAGCAGCGCAUCCUGACGGCGGCCCUGGAGUGUGUGCCCGCCCACGGGUGGACAACAGAGGCAAUUGCAGAAGGAGCCAAGUCUCUGGGUCUCUCCAGUGCGGCUGCCAACAUGUUUGGGAAUGAUGGCAGUGAACUGAUACUGCAUUUUGUGGCCCAGUGCAACUCUCGGCUCACCCGUGUGCUGGAAGAGGAGCAGAAGCUGGUACAGCUGGGCCAGGCAGAGAAGAGGAAAACAGACGAGUUCCUGAGGGAUGCUGUGGAAACCAGACUGAGAAUGCUGAUCCCGUACAUUGAGCACUGGCCUCGGGCGCUCAGCAUCCUUCUGCUCCCUCACAACAUCCCGGCCAGCCUGGGCCUGCUCACCAGCAUGGUGGAUGACAUGUGGCAUUACGCUGGGGACCAGUCCACUGACUUUAACUGGUACACCCGCCGAGCAGUGUUGGCUGGCAUCUACAACACGACAGAGCUGGUGAUGAUGCAGGACUCCUCCCCAGACUUUGAGGACACUUGGCACUUCCUGGAAAACCGAAUUAACGACGCAAUGAACGUGGGCCACACUGCCAAGCAGGUGAAGUCCACUGGAGAGGCACUGGUGCAAGGACUCAUGGGCGCAGCGGUGACACUCAAGAAUUUGACAGGUCUAAACCAGCGCCGGUGAGCAAGAAAGGGUGUAAGCUAGAGUGCCCAGAAGAAAACCCGAGGAUAUAUUUAAAGGGCUUUGAAACGUAUGAGGUGCCGUCCAUGAAACAGGGUGUUAACGAGAGAACACCGAAGGCCUCUACACACUACCACAGCCACCUGGAAACCACAGGGCACUGGAGGAUAGAUACAGUUGUAGCCCAGGGUUGGGCCACUUUUUCAGUUCCUAACAGUGGGCCCGGCCUCCUGAUGCCUUUCUGCAUUGCAGCUGUGUGAUUAAAAACUGCAGCACUCAAUCAAGCAUUCAAGCCACAGAAACCCAGCACGCCCCUGUCCUGGUCUCUCAGGCACCUUGAUCACGUCUUAACCUGCUUAGAAAUGCUCUCUCGGGCUCCCAGGUCAGAGUCAGGGUCUGAAGCCACCCCAGGUGGCAGCUCAUCCACAGCACAGCACAGGCCUGUGCACCCAGAGGGAACCAUGCUGCCCUUUCCUUCUCUGGUGUCCUGAGAUGCUGCACUGGAAACCCCCUCGCAAGCUGCCUCACCUGAGACAGGUGCGUGCUGGAUGGUACUGCCCAGCCUGGCCAGAGGUGUGAUUCCAGGCCCUGUGUCGAGUUACACCAGCAUGUGUUGCAGGACUAUUCAUGAACUUAGAGUCUGUAAAAAUUAUAAUAAAUAUGUUUGAAGCAAUUUCCUGUUGUGUAGGUAGUUUCCAUAUAGACCAUGGCAGGUAUCCAAGACGCCAGAGUGAGACAACAGUGUUGUGGAAAAGGCUUGAAACUAGCAGCCAGGAGACCUGAGUUCUGGUCCUGGUGCUGCCUAAUACUACUGAGCAGUUAGGACAGCUCUGCAUCUGUGGGCCCAGGCUUCCCAUCAGUAAAAUGUGGAUGGCAGCGGCCUUUUCCCCCUCACCAUUAGCUCCUUUGACUCCUGUCUGUCACUAACUAUUUCAGUGGCACAGUCUUUAGCUUUACUAGUUCUCUCAGCCUCUACACUGUCUGGGCUUCCUUUUUCAGUCCGGUUAACUCUGCUUCAUUAGUCUUCCCAGGCUGCUGUGAUGAAAUAUGGCACAGUUCUAGAAGCUGGAAGCCCAAGAUCAAGGUGCCAGCCAACUUGGUUCUUAGAACUUUCUUCCUGACUUGCAGAUGACCGCCUUCUCCCUGUAUUCUCACAUGACAGAGAGAGAACAAGCUCUGAUGUCUCUCCCUGUUCUUAUAAGGGCACUAAUCUCAUCAUGAGAGUCCUACCCUCAUGACCUCACAAAGAGCCCCAUUUCCAAACAUCCUCACAUUAGGGGUUAGAGCUUCAACAUUUUGGUACAUACAGCAUCGCACAGCAUCUGUCUUCUGCUUUGCUGUCUCCUACCCAAGUAGACUGAAUGAUGGGGGGAGUAACAAGCUAGUAGGAAUUUCCAGUCUCUUCUUGUGUUCCUUCCUCUGGGCCCUUUCUGCACCUCUCUAAUUCUUUUACCUCGACAUCCUGUCAAAUUCCCUGCAGUAGCUGUUCCAAAUUUCAUUCCAUUCUCUCCUUUAUAGGAUCUGUCUUAUACUCAGAAGACUACUUUAAUUCUUAAUUUACUGAGAUGACACAGGCUGUGUAGCAAGGGCCCCCUCAAUGCUCUUCCCCUCUGUCUCAGGAGGAGGUGUUACUCCUUGCUAAGACAAACUCCUCCUCAUCUCCUCUGAUUACUCUUCUUCUGCCCCCUAAAUGUUGUCCCCUGCCAAGUUCUAUUUUAGGGCUUCUCUGUAUAAGCUGCUGCCACCUGGGAAUUCCCUGGCGGUCCAGUGGUUAGGACUCUGUGCUUCCACUGCAGGGGGCAUGGGUUGGAUCCCUGGUUGGGGAACUAAGAUCCCACAAGCCACACGGCUCGGCCAAAAAAAAAAAAAAAAAGCUACUGCCACCUUUUUGAAGCCCACUCUAACCUCUCUCUAGGCUGUUUAGGGGACUUUGGUAAUUCUUUAUUGAAUGUUCAACCUAUGAGAUGCACACUGCCAGGCACUGGAGAUGCAGAGAUGAAGAACUCAUACCUACUCACUGCAGCUACACAGAACUGUAGAUGAUAUCAAUACAUUAAAGAGCAUUGUAUCUUCUUGCAGUUUCAGAAGUGCAUGAUCCAGACUUGGGGUGUGGAAGGGAAAGGGUAUAAACCUAUUGUUCAAGUAUACUUUGCUAAAGUGUGCGUUCAUCCCUCGGUAUCCGUGGGAUACCUGCUCCCCACCAAAACCUGUGAAUGCCCAAGUCCCUUAUGUGAAAUGGUGUAGUAUUUGCAUAUGACCUACACAUGUCCUCCCAUAUAAUUUAAAUUAUUUCUAGAUUACUUAUAAUACCUAAUACAAUGUUUAAUGCUAUGUAAAUAGUUGUAAAUACAAUGUAAAUGCUAUAUAAAUAGUUGCUGGGCCUACAGCAAAUUUGCUUUUUUGGAACUUUAUGGAAUUUUUUUUUUUUUUUUGAUCUUCAGUUGGUUGAAUACACGGAUUCAAAACCCUUGGAUACGGAGGACCGACUGUACUUUUAUUCUUCCAUAAAUGUACAGACUUCAUUCUUUUAAAAAACGUUACUGUAUUCCUAUGUUUGUAUAUUUAAUCAGGUCUCUGUCAAUGGGCAAGUAGUUUUAUCUUCUGCUACAGACUGCUGCAGUGAACGUCCUUGUAGAUGUAUCUUUGCUUACUACUGCAAGUACUUCUGCAGUAUGAAUUCCUAGAAGUGUUAUGGUUGAGUCAAGCGCGUGUGCAUGUUUUGCCAAAUCUCCCUCCAAAUGGUUGAACCUGGUGCCCUUUAGAGAAGGGGGCGGGGGUGGAAAAAACUUUGGGCCUCCGAGCAGCAGGUGGCGCUCUGAGCGCCUCUCCGCCGAAGUGGCAAGGCCGCGCCGACCGACUUCCGGUGGUGGCGU